AUAACAGUUGAAAUCAGAGUUUUUAGAGUUAUUUGAAUCCAUGUGUUUAAUUUUGUGGUAACUUGCUUGCUAAUAGAACUUCUUGGAUAGGCUGGGUUACAGAGAAUCAUCUCAAUUUGCAUCGUCUAAGUUUCCAGUUUCCUGUUGUUAUUUAACCCAAAACUGUUGAUAUGGUUAUUUUAUUCUGAUUCUGUAGUGUUGGAACUCAAAACCACAGGUCCACAGCCUCUAAUUUCAUUUUGCUGGUUUUAUCAUGUAAUAUAUAGUGUAGAAGUUGCUUUCAUAAUGUUUGAGAAAAUUCAUGAAGGGAACGUCUCAGUAUCAUAGUAGACUUAGUCGAGCUAAGCUGUAUGUAGCACCCUUCUACAGGUAUUUCAGCGGGUAUUCAAAGAAAUAACUGGGAGGCUAAUUGUUAUUACCAUGAAUAAAUUAUUGGAUUUUGGAAGGAAAGCUGUAUUCUUUGUCAGAGUUAUGUCUGGAUAUGAAGAGAGAAGUAUUAAGGCAUUCAGAUUAAAGCUCCAAAAGCAAAUUCAAGAGGCAAAUGAAAAGAAGGCAUGCUUAAAAAAGAUUCCUGAACAGGUUAUUUUAUCAGAGGUCCGAAGAAUGGUGGAAGAGAUGCAGGCAUUGAACAAGAAGUUGGAGGAAACAGAAACUGCCAUUGAGGAUUUUUUGAAGCCGAUUGACAAUCAAGCGGAGCUCAUAAUGAACAUGCAACUUGAAGGAGAAGACAGUAGGAUGAAAAGAAUGAUGAAAGCCAUGCAAGAGCAGGCUUUGAUGGAAAAUGAUGCAGCUAUUGCUACUGCGAAAGAGAAGCUAACAGCACACACUUCCGUUGCCAAUGCAGCAGAUGUUGCUGCUGCCAAAGAGAAGCUAACAGAAAAAUCGUCUAGUAUGGAUGUAGCAGAUGCUGCAGAUAUAGACUCUAACAAAGAACCUCUUAUAUCCGUCAACCAAGUUUAGUUCACAUAAUCAUGACUAUGGAUAUGUUGUAGUUGUCGGCUCGUCAUCAUCAAUUAGUAAAAGGAUCACUAAUAGUGUUAAAGCUCUGUAUGGCUGGUGAGUGCGGUAACGUAAUUUUGCAGUGAAGAAUUUACAUUUUUUUUUCCCUCUUAUGUGUUUGCGUUUCCUUCCAUCUAGAACGUGAGAGAAGAAACUCUCUGACCUUCAGAACACAACAAUUGAUCAUGUUGAAAGCGUUGGGACUAUUGUGUUUUUGAUUGGAAAUCAUUUCCGCUAUACACAUAUUGGUCUGCUGAAUUGAAGAAAUCAAGCAUCUACAUUACUUUUUUGUGAGUA